AUGAUAGCUCCAGGGGCAGUUGCAAUUACUGCAGGGCUACUAGCCCAUCAACUUGUCUUUAUUCAUGGAGAAUGGCAUUUGAAGGGCCCUAGCGUCGUUGUUAUUCAUGUUCUUGUUUUGGGUCUAUUACACGCAAAGCAUUUGGUGGAUCAUGGAAACACUCAAAUCAGCUUGGUUCAAACAAUAUCCUUGGCGACAUGCUAUCUCUCAUCACUAUUCACCAGCAUGACAGCAUACCGACUGAUGUUUCAUCGACUCAAGCACUUCCCCGGCCCCAAAUUAGCUGGAAUAACCAAAUUAUGGCACGUCUGGAAGUGUCGUGACUCUCGUGGGCAUCUGGUCUUGCAGGACUGGUACGAAAAAUAUGGGGAGCUCGUACGAACCGGUCCUAGCGAAAUCACCAUAUUCCACCCGGAGGCCUAUGAGGCCAUGGAUGGUUCUGACAACCGCAACACCCGCUCUGAUUGGUACGACCUUCUGUAUCCUCGUGUAUCCUCAAUCUUCACUCGCGACCGAGAACUACAUCAUGAACGGCGGAAGAUGUGGGAGCAAGCGCUGAGCAGAAAAGGUGUGGUGAACUGCAGAGCCCACAACGUGUUGGAGACUGACGCAGUCGUUCAGCUUUGGUCCAGUAUCAUUGGCGAGUUAUAG